CCCUCAGUCACACGUUUCAUUUAUUAUUAGCAUUGGUUUGUUUGCGCGUCCGCUGAUCUGCUUCUGGUAUCUAUUCUUCUGCCUCCUGCCUCGAUGUUUCCUUUUCGAUAGCUGCUGCGGUAUCGUUUCCCAGUUUCGCCUCAUCCCCCUCUAGAUUCCUUCCUCCCCCCUCGUCCGAAAUGGUUGAAUAUCGCGACAACGAAGACGAUCCUGCGUCUGAGACCCUCCCUCUCACGGACGAAGAGACGGCAAGCGGUGCCCAGAGUCCAGAGUUGCACGUCCAAUCGACUCCGGAUUCACCCACCACGACUGCGCUCCCGAUCCCCGUGUGGCUUCGAGAAUCCGCCAGUUCCUUCAAGUACAAAUGGGUGCCCCUACCGCUCCGCAAAGCAGGCAGGGCAGUCGCAACAUGGGUCGGGGGUCCGGUUCCUCCCCGGGUCCUCAGGAUAGAGCCAAUAUACCCCAAGAUCCAGCAAGCACCUAUUAGACUGUUGGAUAGAUAUGCGCCGAAGAAAAAGCAGCGGGCCAUCCUGCUCAUGGCACUAUACGUUUGUUGGUUUUUAACGUGGUCGCUUAUGCUCAAGAGUCACUCUACAUCUGGAUUCAUCAAGGGGUACGGCAAGCCCAGCAAUCUGUGGUGUGGCGCCAGUUUUUGGAACGAAGGCAAUGGAUGCGGAUUGAACGGGAACAUGUGUCGACCUUUCUCUUCGGCGCAUUUGACUUUCCGCUGUCCGGCGAACUGCAAGGGGACUCAUCUACUAGAAGAACAUAUGGUCGGGAAUCAGUCGUUGCGGUAUCAAGGGCUGGUUGUCGGCGGCCCAAAACCUGGCGAACCUGACUCGAUGCCUGUCUACCGAGCGGACAGUUUCAUCUGCCAGGCAGCCAUUCAUGCUGGGAUCGUGACGGAAGCCAACGGCGGUUGCGGAGUGGCCACACUCAUGGGGUCUCACACCAACUUCCCAUCCACCAAGGCCAAUGGGAUUGAAAGCACGAGCUUCGCAGGGACAUUCCCACGAUCAUUCACUUUCCAACGCCUGUCGCCCACCCAGGCAACAUGUCCCACGGAUUCGCGAUGGCCUCUCUUUGUGGUCACGGCUAUAGCCCUGGUGGUUCUCUCCAUCUUCACCACCUCGCCUGCUGUCUUCUUCUUCAGCACCUUCGUGGUCAUGUUUUUGCAUGUCGGGCUGGUCUCGGAUCCGCCCAACACCGCCAACUUCUAUGAAGCAAUCAGCAAACUGGUGGAACGCCUCCUUCCUGCGUCAUUCAUCGCAGUCAUCCUCUAUCGCGUGGCCGCCCUGCCGCUGCUUCGCGGCCUCACGGCCCAGAUCGAGAAGACUGUGCUGUACUUAGGGUUCUGUUUCAUCGGCGCGCUGAACAACUAUACAUUCGCACCGCUCAUUCCCAUCGAACGUCUGACGCCCCGUGACCUGGCGCAACCAGGCGCGCCGUUCGCCCUGGCGCUCAUUGUCACCAUCGUCCUGGCCAUUGUCAUUUCACAAAUCCACUUCAUCCGCGUCUCGGGGAACAUGCCCAAGUACCUCGCCAUCUAUGGCGGCAUGGCGCUGGCGUUGGUCAUCCUCCUCGUGCUCCCCAACCUGCGCCUGAGGAUCCACCAUUACAUUUUGGCGAUGCUGUUCAUGCCGGGCACGUUCACUCAGACGCGGGCCUGUCUCGCCUACCAGGGCUUGUUGCUGGGCCUGUUCGUCAACGGGAUCGCGCGCUGGGGGUUUGCAUCCAUCAUCCAGACGCCCGCGGCGCUGGGGGAGGCGAACUCGGGCGGCGGCAGCGGCUCGCCGGGGUCGUGGUGGGGCGCGAAAUCCCCCAACGUGACGGCCGUCGUGGCGCCGGACGUCUCCAACAUCACCUUCAACUGGGGCCCGCUGCCCCGCGACAGCGGGGUGGACGGCGUGAGCAUCCUGAUCAACGACGUCGAGCGCUGGCGCGGCUACACCGACGAGGAACUCUACUGGGACCCCGAGGGCGUGACGCUGAAGCGGCGCCACGAGCGGGGCGACACGGCCGACGCCCUGGAACCCGAGUUCUUCCGCUUCGCCUGGAUGAGCGGCUCCCAGACCGGGCUCUACUCGCGCGUCGGCCUGUGGGAUGAACACGGCCAAUGGCGCGGGCCGGACGAAGGCACGACCAAGAACAUGGGCAUCGGGGACGCCGACGAGGUCAGGAAUUAUGGAGGGAAGUUCGAUUCCGUGGACGGGGCUGAGGCCGAAGAGGAACGGUCCCAGGACGAGGCGGAGGAGCUAUAGCCCGGUACUAGUCGGAUGACAAUGGCCGGUUGGUUAGCAAUGCUUCCAGUGCACAUUGCUCGGAGUUGGAUAUACCCCCGAAAGCACGCGUGAAUCAAUCAGACGGGAGGGACUUGAAUAUAGAACGAUGAGAUGCGGAGAUGGAGAGAUGGACCUUCAACGCCGAAUAUAGGUAGAUAUGAUAUGUUAUGAUAUAUACGUGAAUGUGAAAAGGAAAUGAUUCAUGACGAGGGAGAAGAACAAGCAUGAGACGAGUCGCC